AUAAUAACAGCUAAUACUUAUUGGACAUUAAUUUUAUGCUAUGAGACACUUACUAAAUACAUAAACUAAUUUAAUCCUUACCUAUGAGGAUUGGGCUGUAUUAGAAUCCAAUGAGUCAUUGAGUUGUAUUAGAAUUGUAUUAACUGCAAAUGAACAAAACAUAAAAACACUCUCAGGGAAAUUAUUUAUUGCCUUCUGUUUCAGCGCCUUCUCCUAUAGAGUCUCCGUAAGAUGAGCUUUUUGUGGAGAUAGUCGGGGGUUUGUUCUAGAUCUUCAGUUGCAGGUAAACUCAAUUGGAGUUCGUUCUUCUUAACCGAGUAUUUCUUCAUUGCCUGCAUACUGAGCUCUUACUGAUUGCUCAAUGUGUUCCUCCUGGAAGGACCAUUAUCCUUCAUUAAGGGAGGCUGCACAUUCUCUGCUACACCUCCCACUGAGCAGAAUCCAAUUUGUCUCUUCUUGCUUCAGAUGACCUGAGGCCCAACCAUUGAAAACUCAAGAGAGACUCUGAGUCAGAACCACUAGCUCCAGCCUUGUGAACAUACAGAAUACCACGAGAGAUAAUAAAUUAUAGAUUUGAGUCUUUAGUUUCACAGUGGUUUGUUAUGUAGCCAUAUAAAACCAGAACAUCAUCUUAUUUAAAGUUACAUUCCCUUUGCUGUCCUUGUAUCAUACAGCACAGGUGACAGAAGAGACUAUCUAAUAGUAAAUUAACCUAUUUGAGGUUCUAAAAAUGUUGAAUCUCUGUAUCUUUCGCAUCUGCUUUUAUCUGGAUCCCUGACCCGAUUAUAAGUUGAUCUCACAAACCUUCAAAACUCAGAAAACCAUAGACUUUUGCUGUUCUUUGCUGUUUGGGGCUUCAGUCUCUUUUACAACAUUAGAAUAAUAUCCUACCUAUUUUAUAGGAGUUCUAUGAAGAAUAAUUGAAGCAUUGGGGAUAGCUUCCCCCUACCCCCUGCAUCUGUAACAAAUGGUUCAGUGUCACGAUCGUGUGAUUCAAGGUCAUUAGAGUUGAAGCAGAAGUGGGAAACUCUAGUGUAAUAUGCUAGACAUUUAACAAUGCUUAUUUAAUAAAACCAUGCUACUGGAUAAAUGGAGGCUUAUUCAUAUUUUCCAUAUUAAAGUUUAAGAGGAAAAGAAGAAAAACAUCUUCACAUCUGCGGAUGCGUUCCUCUCAAAGAGCCCAACUUUGCCCUUCUGUAAGUGCCAGUGUUUACAGACCAACUUUUAGAAAAUUAAUGCUUGUGUCCAGGUGGAAACCAGCCUCAAAACUUGAAAAAGAGGGAAUUACUAGCGGUUUUGGAGAUUUGCUGGGACUUAUUUACACUCCUUUAAAAAGGUUCUCCCCUGUCUCUCCCAGCAAACCCCGCGCAAUUCCCACCCACUCUGCGGCACUGGAGGCAGGGGUUUCGGGAUUAUUCCGCAAGUAGCCACUAAGGGGAGCUGGACGCUGGACCGCCCUCCGAUGUUGCCAUGACUACACUGGGCGCACAGCCUUUGGAGUGAUGCGCUCGCUAAAGCAGGUGUUGGAUUGCAGCGCGCUCGCGCCUCUUCUGGGAUUGCGUGAAACCAGGGAGCUUCUCAGAAAGUCUGGGUACUAUUCCUCCGCCUCCCUCUCGGACAGCUUCCUAACCCGGCGGGGACGCACAGAGUGAAAAUGGUCCAUCAUUCAGGCUCGAUUCAGUCCUUUAAACAGCAAAAAGGUAUGAAUAUAAGCAAGAGUGAGAUAGCAAAAGAAACUUCAUUGAAACCAUCUCGGAGGUCCCUGCCAUGCCUGACCCAGGGCUAUGCUUACUCCAAGAGCCUGAGCCAGUCCACCUCACUCUUCCAGGCGGCAGAGAGUGAGUCUCAGGCUCCCACGUCUAUGACCUCCAUCUCCCCUGACAAAGGAGAGCAGGUUAAUGCCGAGGAGGAUAAAAAAGACUCUGUACUCAAGUGCUCUUUUGCUGACCUCAGUGAUUUUUGCUUAGCCCUAGGAAAAGAUAAGGAUUACUUGGAUGAAUCAGAACAUGCUAAUUAUGACCGUUCUCGGCUCAUUAAAGAUUUUGUUCCCAAAGAAAAUUCUGAAUCCAGGAGAAGAUUGCCAAAGAAUGACAUGAAUUACAUAGCAUCCAGUGGACUUCUAUUUAAAGAUGGCAAAAAGCGGAUUGAUUACAUUCUGGUUUAUAGAAAGUCAAAUAUACAAUAUGAUAAGAGAAACACAUUUGAAAAAAACCUGAGAGCAGAAGGCUUGAUGUUGGAAAAGGAGCCAGCUGUUGCAAACACUGAUAUCAUGUUUAUUAAAAUUCACAUUCCAUGGGACACGCUGUGCAAGUAUGCAGAGAGGCUGAAUAUCAGGAUGCCCUUCAGGAAAAAGUCCUAUUACACUGACCCGAGGAGCAAAUCAACGGGCAGUGUACACAAUUAUUUUAGAAGACUCAAAAAAUGGAUGUCUCAAAACCCAAUGGUUCUGGACAAGUCAGCGUUUCCAGAGCUGGAGGAGUCAGACUGCUACACCGGUCCCUUCAGCCGUGCAAGGAUUCACCACUUCAUAAUAAACAAUAAGGACACCUUCUUCAGCAAUGCUACUCGAAGCAGGAUCGUCUAUCACAUGCUGCAGCACACCAAAUACGAGAACGGAAUAUCAAAAGUGGGUAUCUGUAAACUGAUAAACAAUGGCUCCUAUAUAGCAGCUUUUCCCCCACAUGAGGGAGCCUACAAGAGCAGCCAUCCCAUCAAAACUCAUGGACCUCAGAAUAACAGGCAUCUAUUAUAUGAGCGCUGGGCACGCUGGGGAAUGUGGUACAAGCAUCAGCCCCUGGAUUUAAUCAGGCUGUAUUUUGGUGAGAAGAUUGGGCUGUACUUUGCUUGGCUGGGAUGGUAUACUGGAAUGCUGAUUCCCGCCGCACUGGUUGGCUUGUGUGUUUUUUUCUAUGGGAUAUUUACAAUGAAUGCAAGUCAAGUAAGCCAAGAAAUUUGCAAGGCUACCGAAGUCUUCAUGUGCCCUCUGUGUGACAAGAACUGCUCACUACAGAGACUCAAUGACAGCUGUAUCUAUGCCAAGGUGACAUACUUGUUCGAUAAUGGAGGAACAGUCUUCUUUGCUAUUUUUAUGGCAAUAUGGGCCACAGUCUUCCUGGAGUUUUGGAAAAGAAGAAGAAGUACUCUGACAUAUACUUGGGAUCUCAUUGAAUGGGAAGAGGAGGAGGAAACGCUCCGUCCCCAGUUCGAAGCGAAGUACUACAAGAUGGAGAGAGUGAAUCCCAUCAGUGGAAAGCCUGAGCCGCAUCAGCCUUCCUCAGACAAAGUCAGCCGUCUCCUUGUCUCUAUCUCAGGGAUAUUCUUCAUGAUCUCUUUGGUGAUCACUGCAGUGUUUGCAGUCGUGGUGUAUCGCCUGGUUGUCAUGGAGCAGUUUGCAUCAUUCAAGUGGAAUUUCAUCAAACAACACUGGCAGUUUGCAACCUCUGCAGCUGCUGUCUGUAUCAAUUUUGUAAUCAUCAUGGCCCUGAACCUUGCUUAUGAAAAAAUUGCUUACCUUCUCACUAACUUAGAAUAUCCUCGAACAGAAUCGGAAUGGGAAAACAGUUUUGCCCUGAAGAUGUUCCUCUUCCAGUUUGUCAAUUUAAACAGUUCUAUCUUCUAUAUCGCUUUCUUUUUGGGGAGAUUUGUAGGCCACCCAGGAAAUUACAACAAACUCUUUAACCGGUGGAGACUGGAGGAAUGUCAUCCGAGUGGCUGCCUAAUAGACCUCUGCCUCCAGAUGGGAGUGAUCAUGUUUUUGAAGCAAAUAUGGAACAACUUCAUGGAGCUGGGAUACCCGUUGAUCCAGAACUGGUGGUCACGACAUAAAAUCAAGCGAGGAAUACAAGAUGCUUCUAUACCUCAGUGGGAAAAUGAUUGGAAUCUGCAGCCCAUGAAUAUUCAUGGACUGAUGGAUGAAUAUUUAGAAAUGGUUUUGCAGUUUGGUUUUACCACCAUAUUUGUUGCGGCUUUUCCUCUGGCCCCUCUUUUGGCUUUGUUAAAUAAUAUCAUUGAAAUCAGGCUGGAUGCAUACAAAUUUGUCACCCAGUGGCGGAGGCCUCUGCCAGCCCGAGCAACUGACAUAGGUAUAUGGUAUGGAAUUCUUGAAGGGAUCGGUAUAUUGGCUGUGAUCACCAAUGCAUUUGUCAUUGCUAUUACAUCUGAUUACAUCCCCCGUUUUGUCUAUGAAUACAAAUAUGGCCCCUGUGCAAGACAUUUCGACUACGGUGAAAAUUGUUUAAAGGGAUAUGUCAACAACAGCCUCUCCUUUUUUGACCUGAGUGAGCUUGGUAUGGGAAAAUCGGGUUAUUGCAGAUACCGAGACUACAGAAGUCCCCCUUGGAGUUCCAGACCCUAUGAGUUCACCUUACAGUACUGGCACAUCCUCGCUGCUCGGUUGGCCUUCAUCAUCGUGUUCGAGCACCUUGUUUUUGGGAUCAAGUCAUUCAUCGCAUACCUGAUUCCAGAUGUACCAAAAAAACUGUAUGACCGAAUACGACGGGAGAAGUACUUAGUCCAAGAAAUGAUGUAUGAGGCUGAGCUAGAGCAUUUGCAACAACAACGAAGGAAAAGCGGUCAUCCUGUUCACCAUGAAUGGCCUUAGUAGACACCUUUUGCCCAGUAGGAGGAGUAAUAGCAAUUUCAAAGUCUAGGUAGAAUCCAGGAGGAAAGCAUUCCUGGCAAACCAUGUGUAUAAUAUUCUGCUUGGAAAUGCAUCACAGCCAGUUCUUGGAUUUAGAAUAUCCAAGCUUCUAGGGGGCAAAAAGAUGACUUACAACAUUAAAAAAUGGUUAGGUUGACACCGCAGGAAGCUAGGAUAUAACACACAGGGAGCUGUAUGUUUGAAGGCCUCCCCGCCUUUCAUCAGCUUUAGCAUAGUAAGGAGGUUGAUGGUGAGGUUUCUAGAGACAGAGUUCCAUGUCAAAUUUCAUAAGCCAGGCAUGACUUCAAGUAUAGUGUGGUUUUCACUCACAUUCUAAUCUGACUUUGGAACCUUAGGAUGAGUUACGAAACUCAUCAGAAAUAAUUUAAAUGAGGGAUUGCCUUCGCUGCCAGAAAUCCAUGUCCUUACUGCUUACUGGUUCAUAAGAAUUUCCCUUGUUUCUUGCUGAGAUUACGGACCUGUGCCACAGGCACUUUAUGCUGCUCUACAUUGACUAUGCAGUUGAAGAGCUGCACAUCAGUUUUAGUUGUCAAACCAAAAAUCUGAGAUUCUGAAAAGAAUACCAUUCACUAAAAUAACAGUCUAUUGCAUUCUAUUUAAAUCUGUUGUAUCACUCACAGAACCAGUUGCACUGGAAUUUUUUUUUACUAAAUGCCAAUAGAGCCACAUGCUUAUACAGUAUAUGUGUUUAUACUCAUAUCAUUUAGAGCACUACUAAUUCAUGUUUUGCCAUGGAAGUCUGUUUAUAAUAUAUUUAAUGUCCCCCUUGCUGAUUUAUUACAUCAACCCACUCAGAAUGAUUUGAAAUGCUGUAAAUAUUUUGGUUUUCCUUGUACCUUUGCACCUUGACAAUAUGUAAUACAAGUUACAGUUUAUGCAGCUCUGAGACCACUUCCACCGUAUACCGUUGUGACUUGUUUUUUCAGGAAAACAGAAGCCAGAUGCUUUUCAACUCUUUUGCUUUUCUGGCAUUGUGCACUCUUGCUCAUGAGUGAAUGAAAACAACGCAUGAAUAUAAAUUUCUAUUACUUGUAACAUUGACACAUUUUUCAAUUUUACUUUUCUUUCAUUACUGAGGGGAGUUUUUUGUUAUUUCUUUGACAGAUUGAUUUGAUUUAUUUUUGAAAACUCUCUAGAAACAAAGGCAAAUUAAGUGUGAAAGAUUUGCUUUUUUUUGUGGAGUUGCUAUUUCGGUGUCAACUUUGUAUCUUUGAGUGUGACUGUUCACAGAUGGGUGAAGUGGGCAGAUGGGACAUUGAACUACAGAACAUCUGGUGAAGGCAUAAGCUAUGGGGGCAGCAAGAGAAGAAAGAGAAGGGUUGAAUUAAGGAAAUGUAUGAUAGAAAUCAAGAACCUUUUCCUUGCAAAACAGUCCAAGCUAAUCUCAGUUUUCUUCCCCUGAGAAUAAAGUGAGAUAUAACCUACUCACUCAUUUACACAUAGAUGUGAUUAUUGUGAUUAUUAUUUGUCCAAUUAAACAAGGCAGUUAUUUCCAAAAUUCAUUAAGACCAAAUUAAACCCAACAGUAAUAAAGCUACUUCGUGUAUAUGCUAGCUUUUCUCUAGUAAGAAAAUCAUCCAGUUUCUCUUACUCAAAAUUACUUUUAUAAAUCUAACACUAAAAUUUUUAUUUAACUUUUCCUUCUUUCCUUCUAUGGAAAAGUUGUAGUCAUUGGUUGACUGUUGGUUUUGACACAAAUAUUCACUUCCUUACUUGUUUUCUGAUUCUGAGCAAGAGGAAGGACUUCAUCUUCCAAAUCUCCAUCACAUGACCUUGCCACAUGGGACUCUCCCACCAAAUUCCACAGAGGUCCUGUUUCUGCUGCCUGGGUACCAGAGCAACCUACUUUACUAACUCUACAAUGAAGCUGUAAACCCCUCCAUUUUCAUAGCAUUUGCAUUCCCUCUUCUUCUAUAUACACACGCCUGAGAAUAAAUACUCUCUGUGCCUGCUGAGGAUGUAAAUGUCAGUCAGGUGCAUAACCUGUCACUUACAUCUUCUCCAAAUAAGGGACACAGGAGCAAAGAAUCAUGACAGUGUGCACCUGGGAAUUCUUCUCUUUCUGAGUUAUUUUUUAUACACCCACCAUCAAGGUUUAAAAUUAAAUGGAUUGCCUAGAGUGAAAAAUGUGAAAAUAAAAAAUUAUUUAAAAUUACAAAGUAUAAUACCUCAAUUUAGAAAAUUCCUUCUCUAAUAUUUUUGAAAAUGAUGGAAAAUGGGAGGAACAAUGAAAAAGCAUCUGAAAUUUUCCUCUUGGGAAACAAGGCAGUAGAAUUUAGCUAUGCCUUCAUCAUGGUUAACAACAAAAUAUUGACAGUCCUUCACAGUAUGUUACUUUUAGAUCACUCUGCUUUAGUUUAAAUGCUUUGUAUCAUGGUUUUCAAAUGAAUACAAAGUCUUUCUCAAAGAUUUAUAUAGCACACACUCUUCUCAGGAAUUCUGUAUUACAUGAAUGCUGCUUAUCUAUUUUCAUAUUCUAAAUUGUUGUCUUUUCAAGCAAAUUAAUAUGUAUGUGCAUGUAGUCAACCUCGAGAAGUCGUUCAAAGCUGAAGCGCUUUCACAGUAUAGUGUGUGGGAAAUUGCCUGAGACUGUAACAGAAACAGUGUGUAAUUGUCUGAGUCUGUGCAUGCACUUUUAGAUCAAAUGCUGCUGAGUGACUGCAUGAGGUACAACUUCCAAUGCUGCACAUUCUUCCAGAACAACUCUUAGCACAAUCUGUGGUAGCACAAUUAUGGUAGAAUGAAAAGGAACUUUUUCACUCAAUAAAUUAUCAUGUGAUAUAUUUUCCUAUAAUUUGCACGUUAAAUUUACUCCUGCCUGAUUUUUAAAUAUUAUGUUGGGAUUUGUUGAGUGUGUGUGGGGAGAGGGCAUUACUCAUUCUUGAGCUCUACAUGGCAAUAGUUUCCGGUUCUUACAAGCCCUUUAUCACAUGCUUAGAAAGUUUUGACUAUUUGUCUUCUGUUAGAUUCAUUGUCAUCAUCAAGGCAUUUGCAAAUGAAAGUGCAAUGGAGUGUCAUGUUGAUCCUAAUAAUGCCUUGUGCUGGAAACAGAUGGCAGAGGAAGCUUGCUUGGUUCUGAUGAGGGUAAUAAUGCUUCUUUUUCACACUUGGGCUGGCUCUACUAAUUAUCAUCAAAAUCUCUUAAGGACAGGAAUUUUAGCACAGAUACAGUUCAUGCGGAGGAAGGAGGACAUGUAAGGGCACCAGAGCCAACUGUCAACAACAGGCUACCCAGUUGGCCAUUUGUUUUACUCGACUUGAUGGUUAAAAUUGAAAAUCCAAGCUCCCUGAUGAGUUAUUUAACUGAUAUGGCUGAAUUGAUAUGUCAAUUUGUGGCAGGUAGACAUAGGCCCAGGAUGGUGUGUGUGUGUGUGUGUGUGUGUGUGCGCUCACACACAUUGCUAGGCAUAUAUAUCUUUUGGUGUAUAAAACCAGUGAGCACUUGUUCUCUGAGAUAUGCCUGAAUCAGGCCUUCUACUCUAUUUUCUCCCAAUGACAGUGUUAUAAAGGCUUUGGAAAUAGUUGAGGUUACAUCCAAAAAACUAGUUAACAUCUUACCUCAUUUUUGGUAUUCUCAGUGUCUCAGAAACUAACCUUGGGGAUGGCCUGAAAAACCCAGCUUCUGAUAUAAGGGUGGGCAUUUCUAUUCAAAAUGAAAGAUGCCAACAACAUACAGUCCAAAGGAAAGAUUGUGCUAGCUAGGGUUUAUGUAUUUGCACUGGUGAUAAGUUAUCAUUGAUUGAAUUUGCCCUCUGGGUUCAUCU